GCGUCCUUUUGUAGCGACAUUGUCGAUAUGCCAAGCAAUGGUGGAACCGAAACGCGCAGGACCAACUCAUGGGUCUUCUCAAAGACAGGGCACGGUGACCCGGAUGCAUUGUAUUUGGGCUGCGCAAUAAUGGGAAUCCGCCCUGUCAGCGCCAGAGAAGAAGAGAUGUGCGGUCCAUAUGACAUGUCUGCAAUCACUGUUAUGCCCUCUCCUGUGCGGAUUUCCCCAUGAUCCCAACCUUAGUUCACGCGCAUUACGCCAUGACUGUCUGGGCUGUCCGACUGUUGUUGCUUCCAGUCUUAUGUACGAGUGUGUCCAAUGCUAACCCAAUUCAAGGUGCUCAGUGCGUCUCUCCCUCCGUCCAUCUCCCUACCCUCUGGUCUCAUCUAGUCUGGCUUGUCAACUUGAUCAUUGUUUCUGUUUCCCGUCAACUGUUUCGUUUGUCAACGUCAAUCUCACCGACAACCUGUCCUCUUCCACUCGCUUUCAACCCUUUAUCAUUUAUACAAAUCUUCUUUCCUGAUCUUCUUGUUCUCCGACUCCGGCCUCGAAACGCCCACUUCGGCCUCCGCAAUUCUGUAUAAUUGUCCGUAGGCAGAACUCGAUCAACAAACAGACAUUCCUAUGGAGAACGACUGAGUUUCAUUCCAAAGAGUGCUUUUGCAAAUCGCAAUUGAGCAGAAAAAUAGUC